AUGUCAACACUCCAUCUUUUCACAAUAGCAGCUCUGCUCUGCCUAGUAUCACUCUCCGUGCAAGAAUCAUGUACCAGCAACUUGUACGUUGAAACUGAAACCUACAUUCCAACUAGUGGACAAUGUCCAGUUGCCUGGGUCAAUUACAAUAACAAGUGUAAUUUAUUCUCAACUUUAUACAAGGAAAAGAGAUCGAGUACUACUUGUAUCACUAGCAAGGAUUGUAUCUUUGGUUCCAUGGAUUGUUAUAAUCAGAAAUGUACUCCAAAGUUUAGAAUGGUUGGAGAUUCGUGUGUGAGUGAUAGUCAGUGUCUUGGAGAAAGUCUUCCUUCAGCAAAUGUUGCACAAUUAUACGGUCCAAAAUGUAUCAAUAGCAAGUGUACUUAUUAUGGAUAUGAGAAAUCGAGACGAGUUGGUGAAAAUUGUCAAUUUGAAGAUUCUGGUUCAAAUUCCAAGACUUUCUAUGAUUGUAAUAAUGAUGGUGUUUGCUCUGGUAUUUUAGGUACCAGUAAAUGUAUUCAAAAAGUUAUUGCUAAAAAAGGAGAAAAUUGUGCAUUGUCUGAUACUUCAAAGAAGGUUGUGUGUGAUAAUGGAUUGUAUUGUAAAUAUACUUCAUUGACUAUUGCUACUUGUGUUGAGCAAAUUCAAUAUAGUCAACCUUGUGUUAAAUCUGCAAUUAGUUCUGAUUUCGUUCCUUGUGUUUCUGGAUUGGUUUGUCGUCAAGUUUCUAAUGGUGAUACUUCAACCACCUGUCAAAGAAUUGCUACCUAUGGUGAAUUCUGUAUUGUUGCAAGUGAUUGCGCCUACACUAGCUCAGGUAUGGUUGAUUGUAUUGAUAAUAAGUGUAAAAGACUUUAUGGAACUUCAUUGGGUGGAAGUUGUAAGAAGGAUACAGAAUGUUACAGUGCUUACUGUUCCUCUGAGGGUAAAUGUGCUGAUGCGUCUGGUUUGAAAUGCUCUGAUACAGUUUCUUGUCCUACAGGAAGUUAUUGUGCAUGUGGUGGAAAGGCAAUUAGCUCAACAAGUGGUGGAAAAUGUGCUGCCAAGUGUUACGGGUCUUUUUAUGAUGUAUAUGCAUGUAUCUAUAAUUUGGGUGUCUCAGCAAGUUCUGAUAUGGUUGGAACUGAUUCAUAUCAAUAUGUUGAUGAGGACAGCUCAUUAUUUACUAGAUGUAGAUAUGCCUACAGCAAAUACUAUUCAUGUCUCAGAAAAUCAUGGGUUGAUGCUGGAAUUGCCACAAAGGGUGAUAUGGAUGGUGUCAGUUUGAGCUCAUACUCUGUCUAUGAUUCUGCCAUUUUGCCAGCAAGAAAUGCGGCUCCAUCAAGUAACAUGAUUGGAAUGUUAAGCUUUAUGGUACUUUUUGUUUUGGCUACACUUUUCUAAACACGCUCUCUGAUAAUAAAUCAAACUUUUAAA